GUCUGCUCAGCUGCAGCCGAACAGACGAAAAACCAUGGAGCGCAACAAGACGCGUUGGAGAGAAUCACCGAGCGGGCGCGGAAAAUGUCAGUUUCAGUCGUGUUUGUAAGUUACUUCCAGCGAGAGUGGACAGACUUUUGGAACAUCAGCAGGUGGAGAGUGAUUCUUCGUUUUCUUUUUUUUCUCCAAGCGUGCGUAAACUGAUUGGAGUGGUCGGGGAAAGAAAAUAGCCUUGGAGUGUCCAGCGGCUACCAAAGAACGGGAGGGAGGCUAGUUAGUUUUUAAAACAAGCUCUGAAGUGAAGAAGAGUGCCUGCUGGAUAGAAAGGUGGAUUGGUGGAUAGCGUUUGGAGAAUGCGCGCUGCGUAAAAGCCCCCAUAUCGCUUACAUGUUGUUAUAAGGAACAAUUACUUCUCUUUGAGGAAACUGUGAGCGGAGACCUCCAUAAAGAAAGGAGGCAGUGGUCUUAAAUUGAAAGUGAGUUACUACUGAACAGUUACCAGCCAUGGUGAAGUUCCAUAACUCAGAUCUAUGGAUAGCCUGGAUGGUCAUUUUCUGCAUGGAGGGUUCAAGGUUUGAUCUACACACAGGAAAAGUCUGUGUGCAGGCACUAGAUGUGACAAUGUCCCAGCGCAGUGUCCAGGUGGCUCGUGGCCAAGCAGCCAUCCUGCCCUGCUCCUUUACCACCAGCGCUGCCCUCACCAACCUCAACAUCAUCUGGAUGGUGACACCGCUGUCCAAUGCUUACCAGCCAGAGCAGUCAAUGCAGGUGAUAAUUUACCAGGGCGGUCGGGUCUUCAGCCUCUCCAACCACCUCAACGGUCGUGUGGGCUUCGUUGCCACCAUGCCAAGCACAAGUGCCUCCAUCUUCAUCAACAACACCCAGGUGUCCGACACUGGGACCUACCAGUGCCUGGUCAACAACCUCCCAGACAGAGGGGGGCGCAGCAUUGGUGUCGUCGGACUCACAGUGUUGGUGCCCCCCUCAGUGCCAGCGUGUCGAAUCCAGGGGACGCUGGAUGUAGGCAGUGACAUCAUGCUGAUCUGCAAAUCAGAGGAAGGUAUUCCCACGCCGUCCUACUCCUGGGAGAAGCUGGACGCGCUGCCCAAGCUGCCGCACAACGCCAUGCAAGACCAGAUGCAGGGCACUGUCACACUGAGAAACAUCAGCACCACCACCUCAGGACUCUACCAGUGCACAUCCAGCAACGCUAUCGGAAAGAGCACUUGUCUGCUGAACCUGCAGGUUGUUGCACCCCAGCCUCAGAGUGUAGGUCUAAUAGCAGGAACCAUUGCCACAGGAGUCCUGGCAGUCGUCAUCUGUUCCCUGUUAGUGGUGGUCACACUCUUCUAUUGGAAGAACAAGAACAAAUAUGAUGAGGAGGAGAUUCCCAAUGAGAUCAGAGAGGAUGACCUUCCUCCUAAGAGGUCAUCAUCAGUAAAGGCUUUCCAUGCCGACGCGUCCUCCUCAGAGAACGACACGCUCACGUCUACCAACACGUACAACAGUCGUUACUGGCACAACCCCAAACCCAACUAUGACACCAACUCCUACACGCGCUACAAUGGAGACGCUCGCCAGACCUACUCUGCCGCUGCUCACGGCACGCACGGACACGGCCCAGGCCAGAACGCAGCACAAGGCCACGGCGCAGCAGUGACAGCUCCAGGCUCAACCCCGCUCUCCCGCCACCCCCCGCCCACGACAGCAACGACGUCGUUUGCCAACGGCAGCCACACCCUCCCGCCACCAAAGACUCUGGUGGUCACCACAAACUCUGCCCCCUCCCCUCCCAACAUGGUGCGCAGCAACGGCACCGUGAGCCUCAAACCGGUGGUGACGUCCGCACACGGGCAACACACACACUCCUACGCCGUGAGCCAGGCCACUCUGGAGCGGAUGGGGGCGGUGCCAGUCAUGGUGCCUGCCCAGAGCAGAGCGGGCUCACUUGUUUGAAAUUGAGUUUGAGGAACUGUUAGCUUUCAAAACGAGACUGAAUGAGUGUUCGGUUGCAAUGUUUGAAAUCCGCCGAUGAGAAGCAGACUAAAUAUGGGCUGAAGCAGCCCGCUGCCCUUUACAGCUGUGUCUUUCUGUAUGUCUCGACCUUUUUAUCUCCAAACAAACUGGGAUUUUACAGUGCAGAGUUCAUUUGAUGCCAAUUCCUUGAUGGACCGGUGUUUUUUUUCUUUUGUUUGUUUUUUCUAGAGAAGCACUACGUGGUAUCUGAUCAUCCCCUUAACUGGAUGGAUUUCAUUGGUGGGUUCAGUGGCAACUAUUUUUAAAACCAUCUGGAUGAUUUCCCAAAGCUGGCGUGAAACAUCAUACAGAACCUGGAUUCCCAGGUGUUUUUCAGGGCUGGAUCAUUGUGAUGAUUGAUUUCUUUUGUUUGUUUGUUUGUUAAAGCAACGCACAUCGCAGUGUGUCCAUACUGCAUGGUCAGACAAAAGCAAGCUUGGAUUCUUAAAUAAAUGCAUGUGAUCCCUGAUUCAGAACAUAACAAGUUUGCUUUUUUUUCCACAUUUGUUUGUUCGUUUUUCAUUUUUGUUGUAAUUUUGGUUGAGGGAAAUGAUAGAGAUGAUGAGGAUUAUACAUGAAAACGUGAAUGUUUAAAGUCUGUUGGCAGUACCCCAAAGAUGAAGGUGUGAAUGAAAUGAUGGGGUUUCAAAUGGCCUUAGAAGCUCGUAAAGGCGAGUGGGUGUUACUGGGUGCAAUACAAGGCAAAACAUACAUUAAGUCACUGAAUGAAAAGUUUUAAUAAUAGUCUUACUAACAUUAUGCUUUUCCCAUAACAUCUAAAGUUUAUCACACACACAGAACAGUGGUAAUAUUUGAAGAGGGCACCAGAGAAAAAAUUGGUGCCACUUUCCCAACAGAAAGCUACUGUCCACCGGAUGGAGAUGGACCUUAGUGUUUGCUGUCCUUAUUCUUGUUGUUGUCCUAGCCUGGUUCAUGACACAUCACUGCUGCUUUGACAUGAAAUAAGCUGACCGCUUAUUUCAUAAAUGAUUUUUUAAAAACACAGAAAAAUAUAUAUUUAAAGCUGAUUUUUUUUUCUCUGCCUAAAUAUUUUUUUUAAUGUACAUAUUGCAAAAGUAGGCUAGAUUGUAAAUCAAAGAAAAUACACAUCUAACACAUAUUUUACAGCUCACAUGUCUUAAUUUGAAAACAGGUUUUUUUCUGCUA